AUGGAUCCAAGUUUAUAUCAACAACAACAAACGCCUCAACAAAAUUGUGUUGUUCCUUAUAAUUUUAUAGGAACUCCUCAGACUGGGUCAACAAAUGUAACAGGAGCUGGUAUUUAUCCCCAACAAUAUUCAAAUGCAGAUGAUCAAAAUAAUGCACAUUUACAAGCUUAUA